AUGCUCCGAUUAGGGGUAACGGCUCUUGCCUUCGUGGCUCUGGCUCGCGGCGCACCAGUAUCAAAGGCGGAAAGGGUGCUCAAGCAAAGGCAAUUUCAGAUUGGACCUACUCCCACGGUGAUAUGGGGCGGCACUACCCCAACAGCUAUCCCAACUAGCGGUCCAGGUACUCUUCCCCCUAUUACAGGUGGACUGAAUCCUCCUCCACGGAGAGAGGACACCGGACCCGUGCUUGGAGGGAGUGAUUCAGCUCUUAAGGCCCAUAUCACUUCGCUGGAACUUGAGUAUGAGUUCUACGUCCAACAAUAUGGGAAGAACCCCCCGGAAUUUGUCACCAAGCGAGAAAAGGAGAUCGAGUUAGAGCUCAAAAAAUACGGCAUCACCAUCAUACAAACACCAGAUGGAACUUCCACAACUAUCACUUUUGGAAAAGUCAAAAGACAAGACAGCACUGGCCCAACUCUUGGCGGUAGUGAUCCAAGUGCUUUGAAGGCUCAUAUCAUUUCGCUCGAGCUCGAGUAUGAGUUCUACGUCCAACAGUAUGGAAAGAAUCCGCCAGCACCUAUUACGCAGCGAGAGAGGGAGAUUGAGAAUGAGCUCAAGAAGUACGGUAUCACCAUCAUCCAAACCCCAGAUGGGACAUCGACCACCAUAACAUUCGGAAAGGUCAAGAGAGAAGAUGCUCUUGUCGGAGGUGGAGGGUAUGGCGCCGCGUCUUUUGACCUAGCUGGUCUUGAAAAGACUCUUGAAUCAUUAUGGGACAAGUAUGGUCCAAACCCUCCACAUGAUGUAUAUGUCAUCGAAGAAAAAAUCAAACAUGUCCUCCUUGCUUAUGGAGUGACCAUUGUCCAGUCGCCAGAGGGUACCUCAACAACACUCUAUCCCUCUACGAAGCGGUCAUCUCCAAGCUACGAUAUCGAAAGCUUGGAAGUCAUCCUUGGGACGUUGCUCCAAAAGUACAAUGGUGAACGCCCACCUCUUGCUGACUGGUUGGUCAUCCAGCACAUUGGGGCCGUUCUCAAGUCCUAUGGUACAUCAAUCGAGCAGUCUCCAAGUAGCACCGUCACCAUCACCAAGCCCAGUGACAAACGUGAUGGCGUUAUCAAGGUUGGUGAUAGCGUUAAUGUUAUUGCGCUUCAAGCCCUCCUGGCUCUUCUUGAGGCUACCUACGGCACUGCCCCUCCUCGCGACAUUUUUCUUAUUGAGCAAACUAUUGUCAUUAUCCUCAAGACGCAGGGCAUCAUCAUCCCUGGGUUUCCCAUUCCUGGUGGUGCCAUUACCCCGGAUCCGACAAUCCCUGGUGGUGGAAUCACUCCUGACCCUACCAUUCCUGGGGGUGGAUUGAAUCCUAGCACCAAGAGAACGAGCCCCAAGUUCGACGUUGAAGGACUUCAGGCUGCUCUAGCUCUGCUUGGGGAUCAGUACGGUGCUUAUGGCUCAGGCACGAUCCCAAUGUCUGUCUUCAUCAUCAUGCAGAACGUCGUUACCAUCCUUCAGGCCGAAGGAGUUACGGUUCCAGCUUGGCCCAAUGUUGGAGGAGGCUCUACAACCAUUGGGCCUUCGACCUAG